UUUCUAAUGAAACUCCGUUCUCAGCCCCAAAAAAAUAAAAAAAAAUGGUUAGAUACGGUCUCAACUUUGUAUAAAUAGUAUUUUCAAGAAAUUUGAUAAAUGUUAUUAUAAGCGGCACCGCAGUGCUGAUGUGGCACAAUUUUGAGAGCACUUCUAAAUUCACUAAAUACCCACAGGCGCACCAAAUGUAGAAUGGUCUUUUAAAAGCCUUCCUGGCGUAGGCGUGACUCAUCAUGACCCAUUGCUGGCGAAUAGUUAAAAAGGGAGUGCCCAACAAAAAGCAAAAGGAAAGGGAGGCUGCGAUAGAACACACACUCUUGCUUGUCUCAACUUUCCUCUCUCUCUCUCUCUCUCUCUCUGUCUGUCUCUGUGUCUAUGUAGGGAUUGCGGAGUAGCCAGCAGCCACACCACACAUUCACCCAAUCCAUCUCAACGCUAUGGAUUGAUCGUUUUCUCGGCGAAAUUCUCAAUUUCUGACCCAAUUGCUCGGUAUAUCUCUCUCAAUUACUUUCGGCUCGCUUAGAUAUUUGUUUGGUUAUUGCUUUGUACUCAGAUCGGGGUCGUUUGUUUCCUCGGAAAAUAUCUCCAUUUUCUUGCGGAAUUGGUCAAAUUUUCGUUGGUCGGAUAAAGGGUAGGAAUUUUUUCUCUUUUUCCUUUUUUGUGUGUCGGGCUCGAUUUUGUGAGGAAAUUUUUUUCCGCGGAAGCGAAAUGGGUAGUUUGCAGGAUUUGGGGAAUUUCUUCUGCUUUUCGUAGCAUUUCGUAGCAGGGAAGUUGGAAGGGGCUCACAUCGGUCCAAAUCCACCUAGCCCAUUAUGGACUUGGGAGCCUAUUUUGUACGACAUCAUUCAGUGCGUCGUAUCCAAAGCUCAGCGCUGUGCUGCUUUUUUGUAUUUUUUGUAUUUUAUUUUUCCCUCCAAAUUCACAUUUUUGGAUGUGCUUUUCAAAAUUUCAGAAAUUAUUCUCUGUGUAAUCUAUCUACUCCGAAACAGAUGAAGAUCGCCGAGAUAUCGUCGCCGGACCACCGGCAAGGCCACCAUGACUCUCAAUUUCAGCAGCAACAUCAUCUUCAUCUCGUCUCUCAAAUCGAGUCCUCAAUCAAGCAAGCCGAAAACCUCUCGCCGGGAAAGCCAUUACCGGUAACAAUCUCCGAUGAUCUCAGAAAAUACCUUAAUCAGCUUAGCCAACUCGCUCCCUUCCCGAACUCCCUCAAGCUCCUCGUAUGGAAGCUCAGCUAUCGCCUCUGGAACGCCUGCGUCGACCUCUCCAAUGCUGCUUCCAUCCGUUCUCGUUAUCCCUCCUCCUCUUCAUCCUCCAGGAAAGAUUCCACCGAAGAGCAUGCCAAGCUCCGCCAUAUCGCCGCCGACCUACUAGCUGUCGCCGGCGGAGUGAGCGGUGUUCCUUCUCCGGUGAUCAAGUCCGCCUCGUUCUACCACAAGACCGGAUUGAUCUGGCAUGAGCUUCGGAACUUUGAUCUUGCUUCUACCUGCUUCGAGAAAGCCACGGAUCUGGUAUCGAAUUUCGAUCUCAACACGAUCACGGAUGCCGGGGAGAGAAAACUGCUGCUGGAUUUGAGCAUUGCUAGGUCUCGAACCGCAUGGGAAAUCUCGGACCAGAAUCUUGCGAUGACGUUGCUGAACCGGGCGCGGACCUUGCUAUUCGGUUUGGCGGAACACUACAAAGCGCUCGCGAGCCAGUACAUGAUGUUCGGGAAGAGCGUGCUGGCCAAGAGUGAGAGUGGUGGCCUGAGCGAAGCUUUGAGACUGAUGAACGAGGCUCUGGAUUUGUACGAGAAAGGAUUGCAUGCGGCGAGAACACGGGAAGAGAUGCAUGAGCUUAAGGAUUUGAGAUCAAAGACGCUUCGGUUCGUCUCAGCCAUUCAUCUGCAGAUGGGUGAGUACGAGAGCGUAAUCAAGUGCGUGAAGGUGUUGAGAGAUGGUGACAGUGGGGAACACCACCAUCCAAGCCUUCCCGUGCUGGCCAUGAAAGGAUGGUUGGGGUUAGGGAGGUUCAUGGAGGCGGAGAAGGAGCUAAGGGGCAUGGUGGUAAAUAAGGGGAUUCCGGAGGGCGUUUGGGUAUCAGCGGUAGAGGCUUACUUUCAGGCAGCUGGGACGGCCGGAGCAGAGACGGCGAAGGGGGUGUUCCUGGGGCUGUUGGGGCGGUGCCACAUCAGUGCCAGCGCCGCCGUGAGGGUCGCCCACAAGGUGGUUGGGGAUGGUGGAAGUGGCGGUGAGGGGGCGAGGGUGAGGGCCAAAGUGGUGGCGGAAAUCGUGUCGGAUGAGAGGGUCGUAGCACUCUUCUCCGGCGAGGCAGCCGGGAAGCAGAGGGUGGCUAUGCAUGCUCUACUAUGGAAUUGCGCUGCAGAUCAUUUUCGAUCCAAAGACUAUGAAACAAGUGCUGAGAUUUUCGAAAAAUCAAUGCUUUAUGUUCCAUAUGAUUCAGAGAAUAGUAUACUCCGAGCCAAGGGCUUCAGAGUUUUGUGUCUCUGCCACCUUGGUCUCUCUCAACUUGAUCAAGCUCAAGAAUACAUCAAUGAGGCAGAAAAGCUUGAACCCAACAUUACUGCUGCCUUCCUGAAGUUAAAGAUCUAUCUGCAGAAGAACGACAAGAAUAGUUCAAUUAAUCAGAUUCAAGCAAUGACAACUUGCCUUGAUUUUAGUCUAGACUUUCUCUCCCUUGCGGCGCAUGAAGCUGUAGCUUGCCGUGCUCUUACUGUUGCUGUUGCUGCUCUAUCUAGUCUCCUUAACUUUUAUGCCAAUGGAAAAUCCAUGCCAACACCAGAAGUUGUAGUUCUACGUGCCUUGAUUACAAUCCUAACUCAAGAGCCUGGCAAUGAACUGGAAGUUUUCAAGUUUGUUAAAUGGGCUUAUAAUCGUGCAUCUGAGGUUGGCUCUGAUUGCUUCUUUGGGAAAGGUGAGGUUGGAAGACGGGAAAGGAAUUGGUUUGCGGUGACUUCAUGGAACUUAGGGACAAAAACUGGGAUGGAGAGGAAUUUUGAGUUAUGUUCCCAUUUCAUGAAAUUGGCAUCCAAAUUUUAUGGAUUUCUGGCUGAUUCGGAAGUAGAAGAAAACAGUAUCAUGGUUUGCAAGUCGUUGAUAGUGACUGUAUCUGCCAUGAUUGCUUCAGAGAAUCAGAAAAAUGCUGCAUUGUCUGACAGUGAAGUAAAACAAGUUAUCGAAUUGCUAGAUAGAGCAGGGAAGAUACUGAAGACAAACUCAACAGGAACUCGGCUUAAUGAUGAUCAAGCUAGCAACAUUGAGCCCGAUCUCUUCUUCAUAUACACCUUCUGCGCCUAUGAAAUACAAGGACGGCUCAACGAUUUAGGAUCACAAUUAGUCCUUGUGAAGGGCUUCGCCAGUUCAAAGGUGUGCAACCCCAGAUACCUCCUUCAGAUUGGCCUCCGCGCCUCACAGGGUCCAUGGCCAAAUUACGAAAUAGCCACUUUUGCUCUAAAUGAGUGCCUUUCAGCUCUUCUUUCAUCACCAUCCCCGGAUUACCAAAAUGUGGCUCUCAUUGUCCGGAAGCUCAUUGUAAUAGCCAGCAUACGCAAGGGUGAAACAGAUGAUGAAGCAUUGCAUGCAAUGUACAAGCAAGCGUACCGAGUAAUGGUUGGUUUGAAGGACGGUGAGUAUCCCAUUGAAGAGGGAAAAUGGCUAGCCACGACGGCUUGGAACAGGGCAGCACUGCCAAUGCGGUUAGGUCAGAUUGAUGUGGGAAAGAAAUGGAUGAAUACUGGUCUGGAACUUGCUAAGCAAGUUCCUAGUAUGGAGACUUGCAGGCUAUCCAUGGAGGAUUUUGUUGGUGGCUUGGGGAAGGAAUUUUGUGUGCAAAAUGAUGGCGACAACAGGUCUCAGCUCACUGUAUGAAUCUAUAAAUGUACAGGACAUUAGCGAUUCGUAUCUUUUAAUAGGAAAGAAGAAGCUAAUGAAGGAAAAAAAAAAAAAAAAAAAAAAAAAAAAAAAAAAAAAAAAAAAAAAAGGGAAAAAAAAACGUUCUUAUCGUAUAAGGAUUUUUUUUUUUUUAAUUCAUUUUUCUCCUAUGAGAUUAGCCAUAAAAAUACACAGUCAGCGAGAGUUUGAAUUUUCUUCA